GGAAGUGAGGCGGAAGUAACCGUGCGCUGGGCCGGGCCGGGCCGGGCGGCCAUGGCCGAGUACUUGCAGGUGCUGCGGAACGCACUGCGGCAGCUCGGCGGGCACGGCGGCGUCCGCGGCGCCAUAUGGAAGGUGUUAAGGGUCAGUGAUUUGAAGAUUGGUACGCUAAUCGGUGUUGACAAAUAUGGAAACAAAUACUUUGAAGACAAAAGAUAUUUUUUUGGACUAAAUGCAUGCUUGGGUUUCUGGGAAUUCAGUGGCUCUUUAACACUUGCUAAGGGGGCUGUGACUUACUGGCCUCAGAAGGAAUGCCCUUUUUGGUCUGUGCACCAACCACAAGGUCGACACAGAUGGGUUGAAUAUACUAGUGAAAUGAAUGGCAAAAAUACAUACUGGGAUGUGGAUGCAAGCAUGGUGCCACCGGAAUGGCAUCGCUGGCUUCACUCCAUGACCGAUGACCCUCCAACAACUCAUCCACCAGUUGCUCGUAAAUUCAUCUGGGAAAACCAUAAAUUUAAUCUGAGUGGUAGUUCUGGGCAAUAUGUCCCCUAUUCUACAACUCGUAAGAAGAUACAGGAGUGGAUCCCACCUGCAACAGCUAGCAAAUAAAUACAAAGGUCUGAUUUGUCUAGAAUUAGACCCUUAAUGUAAAUUGUAUAUUAACUGAAUUAAAAUAAAAUGGAAAAAAACCUCUGACAAAA